AUGCUGGAAACAUGUGAUAUGGUGGAACUCGCUAGCAAAGGAAACCAGUUUACAUGGGCAGGGAAGCGGUAUGACUUAUGGAUCCAAAGUAGACUAGACAGAGUUUUUGGAAACAAAGAAUGGUUCUCUCAUUUUCCUGCCUCGAACCAGCGUUUUCUGGACAUGAGGGGCUCAGAUCACAAACCUGUUCUUUUAAAGCUGAUGGAUUUGCAAGAGGAGUAUAGGGGCCACUUCAGGUUCGACAGGCGUUUGCUUUACAAGCCAAAUGUUGAGGAAGCAAUCGCUCAUGCGUGGGGAUCUUCUUCUGUAGGAGUAACAAGCAGUGUCUCUCAAAGAUUAAGGUUGUGCAGAAAAGCUCUCAGUGCAUGGAAAAGAACCAAUACCCUGAAUGCAAAAGAGACCAUCACGCGUCUGGAAACUGAUCUCGAAUUUGAAGUAUCUUCCUCUUUCCCAAGAGCGACUGUGGUCAGUAAUAUCAAAAGAGAAUUGGCAGCGGCCUAA